CAAUUUUCUUAUAUAUUGAACGGCGGCUUUGGGUUGGGCAGUCAUAUUCUUUCUUCCGUCUAAUAGUUUGGGAAGGGUACAUAGCUUGGUUUUGUUGGCGAUCGUUAUUUUCCUAGCCUGCGAAAUAAUUAGAUUAAAAGUGGUAAAAAUGAUGAUAAAAAUAAAAAGAUAAAAAAUGACUAAAUUAGUGUAAAAAACAUAUAUUUAAUAUUGUAUCGGUAAGAAACUCGCGACAGCCAAAGAGAGAUUUUCGCGAGCGAAUAUUGUAUGUACUUUGUCUCAAUGUGCGGUCGCGGCAACUGGUUAUUCCAAUUUAGAUUGGAUAAUGUAAAGAAUAUUCAAAAAGUCAAUACAAGAAUUCCAUUAAUUGAAUUAAAUUAUUCAAACAUUGACUUUGAUAUUGUGUUGAUAUUACUGCCUUCAGAAAUUCCAAAUACUCCAAAUUGGAUUGAAAAAGUUUUGGAAAAUGAAAAGAAUUUAGCUAUUGGAGACAGAAAAAUAUUACCCUUAGCUAGUUAUAAAGCAAAUGAAUUUAUUUUGGAAAAAAUUCCAAAAGAAGAUUUAAGGACUAAAAAUUUCCGUUUUGCAAUUAUUGCUAUGAAAAAAUGGGCAAAAAACAGUUCAAUUUAUGGAAAUAAAUUUGGUUUGCUAAGUGGAUCAAUUCUCACAAUUUUUAUUCAAAAAAUUUAUUUAUUAUAUCCAAAUGCGAAUUUACAUAGCCUUUUACAAAGAAUUUUUCUGACAUUUUUAACGUGGUUGGGAAAUUUUAUAAAGACUAUUUAUAAAAAUAAUUUCAGGAAUUGGCCAGCAAUAUUUCAUUUAAAUAAAAUCAAAUUAAAAGAACCCGGAUGGACACCAAUUAAAGAACGCGUAGAUCGUUCAGACUUUUACAAUAAAUUAAUAAAUAUUGAAAGUAAAGAGUGGUUAGGGUUAAAUACCAAUAGAUUAACUGAACACUUUAACCUUAAAAUCCCAAUAAUAUCAAGUUCAUUUCCUGAACAAUCUGUUGGUUUUAAUAUAAAUAAUUCUACAAAGCAAAUAAUUAUGGAAACAAUGACUUUAGGUUAA